GGGGGUUGGGGUUAGUGGGAGGGAUGAAAUUGGAAGCAGAGCGGCCAUAGACGUGAGCAAGCGAAAGAAAAUAUUGUGACAGAAGAUGGGAGGCGAAGGAAGGGGUGCGAAGAAGGAGAAGAAGAAAAAGAAGAAUGCGAAUUCUGGUGGGUUUGAGUCACUUGGUCUGAAUCCUAAUGUUUUCAAAGGAAUCAAGCGGAAGGGGUACCAAGUGCCGACCCCAAUUCAGAGGAAGACAAUGCCCCUCAUCCUUUCUGGCUCUGACGUGGUUGCCAUGGCUCGCACUGGCUCUGGCAAAACGGCUGCGUUUCUUGUCCCCAUGAUUCAUCGCCUCAACCAGCAUCUCCCUCAGGGCGGAGUUAGAGCCCUGAUUUUAUCCCCUACUAGGGACUUGGCCCUUCAGACUCUCAAGUUCACCAAAGAGCUUGGCCACUUCACAGACCUUCGUGUUAGUUUAUUAGUCGGCGGUGAUAGUAUGGAAAGUCAGUUUGAGGAGUUAGCUCAGAGUCCAGACAUUAUAAUUGCCACUCCCGGUAGGCUUAUGCACCAUCUGUCUGAGGUCGAUGACAUGUCGUUGCGCAGUGUGGAGUAUGUUGUUUUCGACGAGGCUGAUUGCUUAUUCGGCAUGGGUUUUGCCGAGCAGCUGCAUCAAAUUCUUGCUCAGCUGGGCGAGAACCGUCAGACCUUGCUUUUCAGUGCCACGUUACCCAGUGCGCUUGCUGAAUUUGCCAAGGCCGGUUUGAGAGAUCCUCAGCUUGUCCGUCUCGAUUUGGAAACUAAAAUUAGUCCUGAUUUGAAGCUUGCCUUUUUCACUAUGAGGCAGGAAGAGAAGUAUGCGGCCUUGCUGUAUUUGAUUAGGGAGCAUAUUGGUCCUGAUCAGCAGACAUUAAUUUUUGUAUCAACAAAACAUCAUGUGGAGUUCCUCAACAUUUUGUUUCGUGAAGAGGGUAUUGAGCCUUCUGUAUGUUAUGGUGACAUGGAUCAAGAUGCUCGCAAAAUCCAUGUAUCAAGGUUUAGGGCUCGAAAGACAAUGUUGUUGAUUGUGACAGACGUUGCGGCUAGGGGUAUUGACAUUCCAUUACUUGAUAAUGUUAUCAAUUGGGACUUUCCUCCCAAGCCUAAAAUAUUUGUCCAUCGAGUUGGAAGGGCUGCAAGGGCUGGUCGUACUGGUACGGCAUAUUCUUUUGUGACUUCCGAGGAUAUGGCUUACCUUUUAGAUCUUCAUCUGUUUCUCUCAAAACCAAUCAAAGCUGCUCCCACCGAAGAAGAGGUCUUGCAGGAUAUGGAUGGAGUAAUUUCAAGAAAUGACCAGGCAAUGGCUAAUAGAGAAACUAUUUAUGGUCGUUUCCCCCAAAAAGUCAUUGACCUUGUUUCAGACAGAGUUAGGGAAAUUAUUGAUACUUCGGCAGAACUGGAAUCGUUGCAGAGAACCUGUAAAAAUGCAUUUCGUUUAUAUUCUAAAACAAAACCCUUACCCGCAAAGGAGUCCAUCAGGAGAGUAAAGGAUUUGCCUCGUGAAGGGCUGCAUCCGAUGUUCAUGAAUGUGUUGGAAACGGGGGAGUUAAUGGCACUUGCAUUUUCUGAGCAUUUGAAAAAGUUUAGGCCAAAGCAGACCAUUUUGGAAGCUGAAGGUGAAGCAGCAAAAUCUAAGCACCAGCAGGGCCCUUCUGGCCAAUGGGUUGAUGUUAUGAAAAGGAAAAGAGCCAUUCAUGAGAAUAUUAUAAAUUUGGUUCAUGAACAGCAAUCUAAGAUUACUAAGGAAAAGGAAAAGGAAAAGGAGGAAAUUCAAUCAGAAAUCACUUCUUUUGUGGAGAAAGGAAGAAAAGCAGCAUGUGGUUCUAAGAGAAAGCCACAAAGUUUCAAGGAUGAGGAUCACUAUAUAAGUUCAAUACCAAAAAAUCAACACAUGGAGGCAGGCCUUUCAGUAAAAGCUAAUGAAGACUUCGCGUCAAAUAGAUUGGAUGCAGCUGUCUUAGAUUUAGUAGCGGAUGAUGGUGCUGGCAUUAAGAAACAAAGAUCAAUGUAUCAUUGGGAUAAGAGGAGUAAAAAGUACAUCAAGUUAAACAAUGGUGACCGGGUUGCAGCUAAUGGAAAGAUCAAGACAGAGAGUGGUGCGAAAACGAAGGCCACCAAGACUGGUAUUUAUAAGAAGUGGAAAGAACGCUCGCACAGUAAGGUAUCUCUUAAAGGGGCAAAUAAUGAUGGUGAUCCUCAGGAACCAACAAGUUUGGCAGGAUCUUACCGAGGAGGUCGUAGGAACUUUAAAGGCAGCAAGAAGCAGCAUUUGAUGCCCAAUUCCCAUGUGCGUUCUGAAAUCAAAGAUAUGGAUCAAAUUCGGAAGGAGAGGCAGAAAAAAGCCAACAGGAUUUCUUAUGUAAAGAGCAAGUCGACAAAGGGUAAAAAAUUUGGCAAAAAUGGUAAAAGAAGAAAAGGCAGGUAGAGGUUGUUUGAAGCUCUAGAAAUUGAUUGUGCGGGAAAGGGAAAAAGUUUGUCGUCAAAAUUUUUGUGAGAGGUUGGAGGGAAGUGAACCCAAGUGAUGGCAAAAGUGGAUUUUUGUUCAAAUUUUUUAUUGGUUCGCCAGCGAAUUUUGUUUGUUCAAAGUAAUCAUUAUUACACUUGUUGCUGUAUACGGGGAUCACACCUGGGCACUUCUGCCCCUUGAUUACUUUUCUUUGGAAUAGCGGAUCAGUUGCAAACCCUUAUUCUUUUUUGGUCCAUAAUCAAUGCUCUGCAUGGGUUUACCCCACGUGCGUUUAGAGUUUAAUUAUUUAUCUUUAUAUUCAAUUUAAAACAACUACUUAUUUCUU